UUGUUCUCUGUGUGCUGAUUUUAUCUUUCUCCUCAGGAGAUCACUUUGCAACAGAUAAUGGCUCAUUUGGAUUCUGUCCGGAAAGACAUGGUCAUUCUUGAGAAGAGCGAAUUCGCCAACUUGAGAACAGAGAAUGAGAAAAUGAAAAUUGAAUUGGACCAAGUGAAACAGCAGCUUAUGAAUGAGAUCAGUCAGAUCCGGGCUGAAAACAAGCUGGACAUCAACUUAGAGCGCAGCAGGGUGACAGAUAUGUUUACAGAUCAGGAGAAAAAACUCAUGGAAGCGACAACAGAGUUUCAUAAAAAAGACUCAAGUACCAACAGCUCCAUUACAGAAGUCAGCAAUAAAAUUGACGCUGAAAUCGCUGCCUUGAAAACACUCAUGGAGUCGAAUAAACUGGAAACCAUUCGCUAUUUGGCAGCCUCUGUCUUCACGUGCCUUGCGAUUGCGCUGGGAUUUUAUAGAUUCUGGAAAUAAGCAGCCAGUGUAAAAGAAUGAGGAGGGAACCCAGCCUUUCUGGAUUCAACUUGCAAGUGUGUCUUGGAUAACACUCUCCGAGAGGUACUCUCAGAGCUUCUGUGUUGAUAUUGGUCUUUAACUCACAAUGAGUGGCUCUCAUCAAUGGGUCUAAUAGAUCAAGCAGUGCAUGCUUGGUUCUGAUUUGGGCUUGUUUGGAGUUCCUACAUCCUGGAGCCUAGAUGGACCAUUUGAAAAGAAGAGAGAUGUCGGAGGACUAAAAAGCUGUGGUGGUCACCAGGAGUAUGCAAAUGCCUCUACGCUUAUCCAGUUGUCUUCUCCUCCAGCGCUUCCCUAUGGGUCGUCGUGUCACCCUCAGUGGAGCCCCUUCUCCCAUUUGUGCUCACAUGCAACAACAGAAAGCCGUGGGCUUGUCAGGAAACCAGAAACCGAUGCCUUGGGGAAGGUUCAAAGGACGGCUUCCUCCCAAAAUGUCAUAUCACAAAAUGUAUUGCGGAUGUUUCUGCAAAGCAGAGCAUAUAAAGCUGCUUUAUACUUUUCGUC